AACCAAACCAAAGAAGGGGAUUGUAAUAAAAACGGCGGCUUUUUCAAAACCCUUCGCCGUUUGUUGUCAUCUCCUCGCCGCCGCCUACUCUCUCUCUCUCUCUCUCCCAUAAUCGCUCAAUCUCUCAGCCACAGACCUAAACACGGAACAAGGAUGGUGACUAAAGAAGAAAAGCGAUUCGCCAAGAAUUUUAACAUUAACAAUCUCCCCGACGUCCCUAACGGACUUCCUCCCCAUCUGCAACAAACUCGCGUCGUCUCUAAUAGCAAUCCUCUUACUGCGAAUGCCAGCUAUGUUCCUUGUAUGGGAGACAGUGUCAAACUAGGAAACUUCUAUGAGAAUUUCAAAGUUGAUGUGAUUAGUCUCACAGAGAGAGAUAUGGAGUUUGAUAUGAUUGGUAUCGAUGCAGCUUUUGCCAAUGCAUUCCGAAGGAUCCUUAUAGCUGAGCUUCCUACAAUGGCUAUUGAAAAAGUACUAAUAGCAAACAACACAUCGGUUAUUAUAGAUGAGGUUCUUGCUCACAGGAUGGGUCUUAUUCCAAUUGCUGCUGAUCCAAGGCUCUUUGAAUAUUUAUCCGUAAACGAUGAGCCGAAUGAAAAGAACACCAUUGUGUUCAAACUCCAUGUGAAAUGUCCGAAAAAUAAACCACGUGAGAAAGUUUUAACCAGCGAUUUGAAAUGGUUACCACAUGGAAGUGAGCUAUUGAGAGAAUCUGGAGGUUCAACCUCAAAGCCAAAAACUUACACUUCAUUUAGUUGCAGCCAAGAUUCCUUACCGGAAUUUGCUAAUAAUCCUAUCACUCCGAGCGACCUUGAUAUCUUAAUAGCAAAGCUUGCCCCUGGUCAGGAAAUCGAGCUCGAAGCUCAUGCGGUUAAGGGCAUUGGUAAAACACAUGCAAAGUGGUCCCCUGUAGCGACAGCUUGGUAUAGAAUGCAUCCGAAGGUGUGUCUACUUGGGGAAGUUGAGGAUGAGCUUGCUGAACGACUUGUAAAAAUCUGCCCAAAUGUUUUCGACAUUGAAGACAUGGGCAAAGGUAAGAAAAGGGCAAUUGUAGCACAGCCACGUAAGUGCACGAUGGGUAAGGGAUUCAUAAGAGACGAUGAUUUGAUAGAACUUGUGGAUCUAGGCAGUGUCGAGAAUCAUUUUAUAUUUAACAUUGAGUCCACCGGAUCACUUCCUCCAGACGUUCUCUUCACUGAAGCUGUGAAGAUAUUGGAAGCUAAAUGUGAAACUGUACUCAAAGAACUUUGAGUUUCCUGGUGGUUUUAUAAUUCAAUUUUUGAGUUGUCUAUCUCAUGUUUCUCCUUCCUUAUAGUAGUAAUAUUACCAAAAGAUACAACUCUGACAUUUUUAUUUAUUAUAUAGUUUGUGGUUCAAUUUGGAUAUCAAUAGCCUUCCUAAGCUGAACCAAUUUGGAAAUC